AUGGGUCGUACAAAGUUGGAGAUAAGCCAAAUCAGUAAGGAAUCAACACGCUACAAAAUUUUUAAGAAUAGAAAAGAUUCUUUGUUCAAGAAAUUGCUUGAGAUCACCACUCUUUGUGAUCUGGAUGCCUGCAUGAUCCUGUAUCCUCUCAGGGGUGGAAAAUGCUCGGAAACCAUCCACAGAGAGAUAUGGCCAGACAAUUUAACUAAGGUUUCUAAGCUGAUCAACGACUACGGAGCUCAUUAUAGCGCUAAUAUCAACGUUAGCGCUAGCCUGAGCUUCACUUUGACUGAUUUUUACAGAUUAAGAAAAGACAAAAUCCAAAAAGAGAUCAAGAAACAUCUCAAUAAAGAAAUGGAAAUGUUGUACCCUACCUCGAUUGGUUCAAUGACGAACACUGAUGAUCAAUGGAGAGAACUACCUAGCAAAUUGGACAGUAGGCUUAAUAAUGUCAAGCGUAAGAUGGAUUCUAUCGAGGGAUCACAAAACAAGUUUGGAAUCAAGGAUGGUUAUCAGUUAUUCCGGCAACAACCACAACAACAGAUGGUGACGUAUGAAAACUGCAACAGCCAUGCAAACAACACCAUAACAACAACAAGAUCAUCAAUGCCACCGCCUACAACAUUAGGUCAAAACAAUACUAUAGACCAAUGGCCGGUUAAUGUUAGUCCUUUUUUGGAGAAGAAAAGUGACUAUAAUCUUGUUCCUCCGGCGUUGCUCUACCAAGAUAAUCAGAAUCGUAAUGCUUCAAUGGGGAAACCGCAGAUAGCUUGUCCGAAGAAUGACCAUUAUUAUAGUGGUUAUAGUAAUGGUACAUCAUUGUCAUCAUCCAAUUAUCACGGUCAAUAUGUUCCACUCAAGCAAGAGAUAAUUCCGUAUGCAAACUAUUAUGGUUCAAGCAGCGAUGUCAGCCAGAUCCAAAACAACGUAAAUUAUGGUUCGUAUGGUUAUCCUCGCUUCCCUGGCCUAGCGGGUUCAUCAUACCAGCAGCACCCUAUUGUGGCUGAUGAUGGUCGAUGCUCAUGUUCAACCUGCAGCCGGUUUGCAUUCUUCGGUGGAAGAGGAAUAUAA